GAUGGCGAGUAUAGAGUCAGCUGCCGGGGCCACGAGAGAAGAUUCUGUCAUCUGGCAUCUUGUGGCCGCCUUUAACACUCACACGGACAACAGAGUGUGUGUGUCCCAGCCACGCCCUGCCCCUGCGUAGGCGAGGAGGGAGGGAAGGGCCACGCUGCACAGAGAGGCCAGCACACACCAACACUCACCACACACCAGCAACCUUGUGUAUUGCAGAAAGACACACCACAUCCACACACCAUGCUGGCGGGGUACAGCCUGCCGUCGCUCACCACGGUGGUGUGUGGGCUGUUUGUGGCGUACAUCCUGCAGUCGGUGUGGACGCUGGGCCAGCUGUUUGUGCACCCUAGCUGCCCCACACCAAGCCACUGCUACCAGCCACUCAUUGCGCAGAAUCCCCAGCUGCAGCUGCUGGCCUUCACCUCGCUAUCCCGCGCCCCGUCACACCCCCGGGAGCUGGAGCUGCUGCACCGAGUCAAGCACUUCCCCUACGACAGCCCCCGGGAGGACCAGCUAGAGGUGCAGCUUCCCCUCAGAGUCAGGAACAACGGCUCCUUCUACCUGCACCUCUUCCUCACUCCGCCUCAUGUCUCGCCGGAGGACUGGAGUGGCCUGGCUCAAGGGGAACACUCUGUCUAUGCCUUCUCCUCUCUCACUGAGUACCAGGUGCCGGAAGCCUCCACCUUCAGUCUGCUGGGGGAUGACAAGACUGCUGCAAAGCAGGACAGCAGCAGCAGCAGCAGUAAGAGCAGCAGUGGCGGCAGCGGUGGUAAGAGCAACAACCAGCACAAGUCUGGGCGGCCGGUGACACACUUCCAGUCCCAAGUGACCUUCAACAUCCUGACUGACCCGGUAGGCCUGCCCCGCCAAGACCUCCCCUACGACCUGGGUCACGCCCUCAGACUGGACUCCCGUGGGCGCUACCUCCCCAUCCUGCACGUGGACACCCUCAGUGCUCGCCUGCGGGACCUGGUGGAGGUGACGCCCACACUCACCCACACCAACUUCACCCUCAAGUAUGCCCCCAUCUCCUACGGCAAGCUGAGGCUGUGGAUGCAGUUCGAGGGGGCACUCAGACCCAUGGCAUCUCUGGGCUUCAGUGCAAGGGACCUGGAUGACGUCAAAGUAUUCUCUGACACCAGCUUGUAUUUCCUCUUUGUGACCUUCCUGGUGGCUGCCCUGCAUAUGCUCUUUGACUUCCUAGCCUUCAAGAACGACAUAGCAUUUUGGCGAGGGCGGCGGUCUAUGGCUGGGCUGUCCCCGUCCUAUGUUGCGUGGCGGGCCAUCUCCCAGGGCAUUGUGUUCCUGUACCUGCUGGAGGAGAAUACAAGUCUGCUGGUGCUGGUACCUGCUGGGAUUGGAGGUGUUAUUGAGCUGUGGAAGGUGACCAAGGCGUUCCACAUCCGCUUGGAGGGGUGGCGGCCGCGGGUGGAGCAGGUCAUCAGCUCCGGGGAGAGUGCCACGCGGGAGCUGGACUCUCAGGGCAUCCGCUACCUCAGCUACCUCCUCUACCCCCUGUUGCUGGCUGGUGCAGGGUACUCCCUCCUCUACACACCCCACAGGAGCUGGUAUUCUUGGGUGAUCAACUCACUGGUGAAUGGAGUGUACGCGUUUGGCUUCCUGUUCAUGUUGCCGCAGCUCUUCAUCAACUACAAGCUGAAGAGUGUGGCCCACCUGCCCUGGAAGACCUUCAUGUACAAGGCUUUCAACACCUUCAUUGACGACCUGUUUGCCUUCAUCAUCACCAUGCCCACCGCCCACCGUGUCGCCUGCUUCAGGGAUGACGUGGUGUUCCUCAUCUACCUCUUCCAACGAUGGCAGUACCCGGUGGACAAGAGCCGUGUUAAUGAGUUUGGCGAGUCUGGUGAGGAGGUGGCACAGAAGACUAAGGAGGAGUGAGCACCCACCACCACCACCACCACCACCAGGGCAGGCUGUGGCAGGGUGUUCAUUGGCAGGAGCUGUGUGGGUUCCCUGUGAGGCUCCCAGUGUGGUGAGGGAAGUGCUUCUCAUAGGGUUGUUUUGUUGUGGCAGGAAUCACAGCGGAAGUUUUGUAUGCUGGUGUUUAUCAAUGUGUUUAUUUAGUUUUGUUUGUGUUUCUUUCGUGUGUUGAGUUAGUGAUGGAAGGACAGGCUUCAACAACAUGUGCUGAAACUGUCAUCUUUUUUUGUAUUUAUUUAGUUUCUUUCUUUUCAUAUUUGUGUUAUUUCCUGCAUUUAUGGUUUGUGGGGUUUUUUCCACUGAUUUUUAUAUAUUUAUUUAUUUAUUUUUUUUCAUUUUAUUUAUUUUUUAUUAUUUCCUGAAUACUUUUUUCUCAUUCCAAAGACACACACACGUGUUCCUCACAGUGAGGUGAGGUGAGGUGUGUCAGUGUAUUGGAGGCCGUGUCCUCCCGACCAAACCUUUGUCUUGGCUCAAACUACUCAAUAAUUCUACUGUUAGUGGCACAAUGUAGUGUUGUAGUGGCUCUUCUGGCCUCCAUUUAUUUAUUGUGUGUGUGUGUGUGUGUGUGUGUGUGUGUGUGUGUGUGUGUGUUUUCCAUUAUGGAGAGUGGUGGUGGGGUGGUGAGGCCAGGAGGGACUGGUGCAAUGGUGCAGUAGGGGCAGAGUGCCCUGGUGUGUAGGGUGUUGAGGUACGGCUCGUCCCUCCAGGUCGACACAAGACAAUCAAACUUCUCUCUCGUCGGCUGCUGCUGACCCAGCUGGCCCCUUGUCAGGUGAAGGUGAAGGGAUGUGUGUGUGUGUGUGUGUGUGUGUGUUCAAAAGGCGGGAUGGCUUGUGUUGUUUCCUUUGUGGAGUGUUGGGCAGACCUUCCGUACUGCUGCUCCCUUGGCCGGGGUGUUGAGGGCGGUGCACUGACAGACAAAAGCUGUGGCGUUCCCAUUUUCACUCAUGAAGGAAGGAAGGCAGAACUACCCAGAAUGAUUUGUCUUCCAGAUUACUACUUACUUGAAGCUUGUAUUCUUAGACACAAAGGCAGAUGUCUGGUGGCAUUAAUGAUGAAAUGGCACGUGCUGGGGAAACCCGGCCAGGGCGUCCACCAGCUAAGGGUGAUCAGGAUCAGAAUAGCAGGGUGUGUGUGUGUGUGUGUGUGUGUGUGUGUGUGUGUGUGUGUGUGUGUGUGUGUGUGUGUGUGUGUGUGUGUGUGUGGCAUCAUUGGAUAGGUGGUGGGUGGAUGGAGUGUCAUGGAGGAUGUGGUGGGGUGAUGGGGUGAGGGGAGGAGGAAGCUAAGCAUGGCAGUGUGGUGAGUAGAGGUGGAGUUUGUUAGGAUGUGUGGGGAGCAGGAUGAGGAAUGGUUGAAUGAUAAGUCAACAAGUCAUUGUUAUUGGUGGAAGUUUGUAAAGGCAGGUCCAGGUGGUUCAUAAAGACCCUGGAGACCUGGGGCUGUGUUGGGAGACUGACCCAACGAGCAGCCCAGCGGCCGGGAUCAACAAGGCUCACACAUUGAAGUUUGCAUGGAACCUUUGGAAAAGGUUAAUCAUUUGUCUGUUGUUUCCUUUUUUCCAACCAUUUUCUCACUUGCAUGAUUUCCAUAGGUGUAGUUGAGCAGAUUGUUCUGUAGGCAUAGUGCUUUGUAAUGUUGAGUGUUUUACCUGGAGAAAUAGUCACCACAUACUUAUUAUACAGUAGGGUUAGAUAUAGCCAUCAAAUUAUUCCCUUUAUGGCAAUGUGAACCUUGAGCACACCCCAGGCCACUCACUCUCCCACCCACCCAGCCACUCAGGCAUCAGGGGAGGAGUGCAGGCACCAGGCACUGGUGUGGCAUGCGGUGCUGGUAUCACGUGGGUGUUGCUGCCAGCUGGCCAGUGUGGCUGUGCACUGUGGCUGUCUUGGCACACUGCUGUCUCUCACACUUUUGUCUGUCAUUGCACUCCCUGUCGGGUUGUGUUGGUGGCGGGAAAGGAAAAAAGAGAAAUAUUUUGGAAUAUUCAGAGUUUGUUGCAUAAUUGAACAUUCCACUUUAGGAAUACUACUACUAGAGUCAUAAUAAAAUAUUCUAUAUUUAGAACUAUAAUAAAAACUUAUAUUUGUGUCGUUACGAAGAAGGAACUUUUUCACUACUAGAGGUACUGUAUCCAGUGCUUGCUUUCUCCCAGGCACCAAUUUUUCAGAAAGACGUUCACUUCCUGCAAAUGUGAAUCAAAUCAGGAGUGUUUCCAGCCUGUCCUUGAUAUUCAUUUCUCAUCAGACUUGAAAGAAUAAUGCCUAGCGUGUCACUCACAAAGCUUCACCACACACUCACAUUGGAGAGUGCAAGACUUAAUUAAGGACAGGCUGACAAUAACACAUCUGAAAGUUUUCACUAAAUACAAGUAUUAGUGAAAACCAUUCCAGCAAAAUGAGUGAAUUUAAUAUAUAUAUAUAUAUAUAUAUAUAUAUAUAUAUAUAUAUAUAUAUAUAUAUAUAUAUAUAUAUAUAUAUAUAUAUGAUUUAUGUAUGUGUGUGUGGUUGUGUUAAGCUCAUGUUGCUCACUUCCCUGUUUACCUUAGCAGUCUGCCACAGUACUCAUUGCAGCAUCAGAAGACCCUUUCCCUCAAUAAAGAGACAAACCAUCCA